AUGCUGCCCAGUGGCCUGUACUGGGACCUGGUGGGUUCCUCGGCUCUCCUGAACCUGCCGGCGGCACCAGGCUUCGGCAACCUGGGCAAAAGUUUCCUCAUCGAGAACUUACUGAGGGCAGGGGCGCCGCCGAGCCCUGUCCAGCUCCGUCCCCUCCCCGCCAGCCCAGUCCCCCUCAAGCUGUGCCCCGCGGCGGAACAAAUCAGCCCCUCAGGGGGUCUCUACUCGACAAGAUGGGCUUUUCAAGUGCUUAACCCCUCCGCGGCGGACGGCGGCCGCCUGCCAGCACGGGCUCCGGCAGCGGAGAGAGGCAGCGUCUUCCCUCCGGCAGCUACAGCUCUUUCCAAACACUUUUUUCUCCGCGCCCUGCCAUUCUACUCAGCAUGCUGUGGUGGGUCCUGUCAGCACCCUGCAUCCCCCACUGCUUUUCCAAGAGAGGAAAGUGUGCUGCCUCUUUUGACCCAGGAGUCUAACUCCAAAGCCCGGAGAGGUAUAUUAAGAAGAGCUGUAUUUUCCGAAGACCAGAGGAAAGCUUUGGAGAAAAUGUUUCAGAAGCAGAAGUACAUUAGUAAAACAGACAGGAAGAAACUGGCCAUUAACCUGGGUCUAAAGGAGUCUCAGGUGAAGAUUUGGUUUCAGAAUCGAAGAAUGAAAUGGCGAAACUCCAAAGAAAAAGAAGUGCUUUCAAACAGGUGCCUCCAGGAAGAAGGUCUUCAGGAGAACUACCUCUCACAAUCCCCCAUGAAUUUUACCUCCCCAUGCCCAUCUGUGUGGGAAGUGUCUCAGGAGCAGGCAAGUCCAAGGUGGAGGGAGAGUUCUCCAGGAAAUUCUGAAAGACUGACUACUACACAACCACCUCCAAGAGCAAAUUCAUCGCAGAGCCCACUGUAUUUGUAUCCUAACCAAGGCACUGCAAAUAAGGCAGUUACAUCAUCAGCCUGA